AUGGCACUUGCCGAUGGGGAAUACGAGAUUGACCUCUCAAUAUUAGACGGAUCAUCUUCAUUUGAUGAUUCUUAUGCCAUUCGAUAUGGGUUUAUACCAGAUUCUUUGGAUCAGACGAAGCCAUUAACUUUAUACCAGACGGAUCUGGAGGUGAUAUUGAAGGCGGCAUCUAGUGAUAAAGAAGGACCUUCUAUAAUAUUUGAAGGGGUAGGUCGGACAACACAGUCAUCGUCAGAUUCAUAUUAUUUAGCCUUUGAUAAAGAGAAUAAGAUUAAGCUUCAAAAACUUAGAGAAACUAUUCGAGUAAAUAAAUCACGGAAUAUGGGUAAAUGGAGUUCUAAACUUGACAAAUGGGAUAGACUAGAGACUCAACCUGUAUCAGUUCCUGAAGUCUCACGAGUCAGUGAACCGAAAAGAACAGCACCUAAGGUUGUACAACGAGAGAAACCCAAGAUUGCAUCUAAACGACCCCCAAAGAAAGAGUCUCCAAUAAUAAGUGAAUCUGAUUUUGAGGAUUUGGAGGAGGAUACAGGGUUCCCAGAGUUUUCAUUUCCAGGAGAUCUGGGUAAGAAGGAGAAACUACCAGAGAAACUACCAGAGAAACAACCAGAGAGACAACCAGAGAGACAACCUGAAAGACAACCUGAGAGACAACCUGAGAGAAUUCCACAAAGAAUACCAGAAAGAGAAAAAGAAAGAUUACCAGAUAAAAUACCAGAGAAACAACCUCUUAAAAAGCAAGAAGAGAAGGAAUUGGUUAAAGAUACCACAAACAAAAUUGGGAAGACUAAACAACCAGCACGCAAACCAGUGGUGGAGCCUCCAGCAUCGGUUGACUCAGAUGAAGACUUUAAGGAUUUAGAAGAUCAACUCCAAGAGGUACUUGAUGUAGAUGACAGUGAUGAAGAUGAGUACGGGUACUCAGGAAGUGGACCAAUUAACAUUGAGAUUGACGAAGGACCAGUUGAAGACUCCAAAUACAAAUUUUAUAACAAUUACAAGGAGAAUUCCCACAAGAAGCCCAUGAGCUUACACGAGUUGGUGAAAGGACACCGCAGGGACGACGAGGUUAGCAGUGAAGAGGAGUAG